AUGCCAUCGAUUACCUACAAGAACCUCCCCGGCCCGGUUGGGGACUGCCUCAAGUCAUCCUCACUCGCAACAACAGCCACAGUCCCCGUGUCGCCCACCACCUCGCUCGUUUUCACAACCGGCCAUAUCGGGCUUGACCUAGAGACUGGAGAGCUGGUCAACAAUUCGGCCAAGGCCGAGUUCGAGGCCAUAUUCGACUGUCUCGACGCGGCGCUGAAGAAUGCUGGAAUUGCGGCGGGUCUAGCGCAGGCUUACAAGUUUGUUAGUUAUCUAACCAAUACGGAGGAUGAGGCUGUCAUGCAAAGGGUCUUUCAAGGGCGGUUUCCUGGUGCGACGCCCACCUGGACGACUGUUAUUGUCGGUGCGAUUAAUGUGCCGAAUAUGAGGGCGGAGAUUGUGGCAGAGGGAGUGUUGUUCCAUACUUAG